AAGAGAUGUCGAUUCCAUUCUCCAAUACGCACUACCGAAUUCCACAAGGAUUUGGAAAUCUUCUUGAAGGGCUGACACGGGAGAUUCUGAGGGAGCAGCCGGACAAUAUUCCAGCUUUUGCAGCAGCAUAUUUUGAAAACCUACUAGAAAAAAGAGAGAAAACCAAUUUCGAUCCAGCAGAAUGGGGGGCUAAGGUAGAUGACCGCUUCUACAACAACCAUGCUUUCAAGGAUGAACCACCAGAAAAAAGUGAAACCCAAAAAAUCCAACCUGAAAAAGUUGCAAUUGAAAAAGAAACAAUGCCUCAGGAAACAGUAAAAGAGAAAGAGACACAAGUAUCAUUUGUGGAAGAACCUACUGAGGAACCUCAAAAAGAGGAGGAGGAGGAGGAGGAUGAAGAGGACUUGGAAGGGCUUCUUGUUCGGGAAGGAAUGCAAGAUGCUGCUGUCAAAAUCCAGGCAGUAUUCCGGGGUCAUAAGACAAGAAAGGAAUAUCUGAAAAAGAGAGACUCCACAGAUGAAACAGCUGAUGAGAAUAAUGAGUAAAGGGACUGUUUUUAUCAUAGGUAGCCAAGAAAAAAAAAUUUGCCUGGAUCCAUCAAUCCUAUGUGAGGUUAUCAUUUUUUUUCCUUAGUAAGGGAAAGUUGAUGUAGCAAAAUGACAUUUGUUGCUGUUGUGAGAAUCUGUCAUGAGUUUAAUAAACAUGCCACUUUAAACAAGCCAAUUUAAGAA